CGAAGAAGGCAAUUGUUGAAAUCGUCUCUUAGAGAUAUUAGUAAGAGCACAUUGCCAAAGGUUACAAGAGUUAGAAGUAUGAUUUCUCACCAAGUUUAAUGCUUAUUGUGUUUAAGUGUUUACUUAAUUGUAUGUAGCCCUGCCUAAGGACCAUGUUCGCUCUGAAGGUUGCCUGCACCUGGGGUCUUGUCUUUAUCUGCUUCUCAGUUAAAGCAUGCAACGUCGCUGAUGAUCUUAUAGGAGCAAGAAGCCCUGGGGACAUCAUCAUCGGGGGAUUAUUUCCAGUCCAUCAGCAGGUGAAGAACUUAAAUCACAUUAAGCCAGACACACUGCAUUGCACAGGAUUUGACAUCCAGAGUUUCAUCUGGGUCCAGGGGAUGAUACAUACCAUCGAAAUGAUAAACAACUCUUCACUACUAGACGGUAUUAAGCUCGGAUAUGAAAUAUAUGACACGUGUUCAGAUGCUUCCAAAGCCAUAAUAGCUGCAAUGAAGUUACUUGCCAAGCCAAGCUCCACAGGCGAUGUUCUGGAGGUUCACUGCAACUACACUGAUUACAAGCCAAUCGUGAAAGCGGUUGUGGGUGAAGUCUAUUCGGAACUGUCAAUUCCUAUGGCCAGAAUAUUCAAUGUGAUGCUGAUGCCUCAGAUUAGUUUUGCGUCAUCUACUUCUAUCCUGAGUAACAAAGGGAGAUUUGCAUCAUUUAUGCGCACUGUGCCUAGUGAUGUCCAUCAGACGAAAGCUCUGGCCAAACUAGUCAAUUAUUUUAAAUGGAAUUGGGUAGGGGUCAUCGCGACCGACGAUGAAUAUGGCAUGUCUGCAGUGACUGAUUUCAGACUUCAGGCUCAGAAGCAGAAUAUCUGUAUUGGUUUCAAUGAAGAGAUUCCAACUUACGUAUGUGAUGAUCAGAGUACCCAACGGAUACAGAACUUGAUCUCAAAAAUUGAAAGCACUCCGAAUGCAAGUGUCAUUGUUCUAUUUGCUAAACAAGCCAUCGUCGUUAAACUGUUCAAUGAAAUUAUUCGCCGAGGCAUUAGGAGGACAUGGCUUGCUAGUGAUGCUUGGUCUAUGUCCAGAGCAGUAGCAAAGAUGAAGAAUAUUAAGGCAGUAGGAAACAUUCUGGGCUUCUCUUUCAAAACGGGAUGUAUUCCUGGUUUUCUGUCGCACUUGAGGAACUUGAAGCCUCCAGCCGAGGGAUAUAACAAGUUCAUUGAAAAAUACUGGGAACUCCGCUCCACGUGUUCGAAGCAAAACAAAAACUACACGGAAGUAUGCAGUUCAAACAAACCACAGUGCCUAUUCCAGCAGGACAAAAAGCUGAUACAACCUUUGAACUGUGAAAAAAUGAAUGAAGACAACGUCCCCGAAGAUGAUAUCAGUCAUAAUAUUGAGCUGGGUGUCACUUAUGCGCUAUACUUGGCAAUUAAAUCCAUUGCACAGGGUCUGAGGAUUCUCCUAAAAUGUCAUGAAGGAACAUGUCAAAGAAAUUUUGAUUUUCCACCAUGGCAGUUACUGGAAGCAAUGAGAAUGGUAAAGUUUGCUGAGGCUAAAAGAUUUUUCUAUUUUGAUGAAUCUGGGGAUUCCAUCAAUGGAUAUGACCUAAUACACUGGGAGAUGGAAGAAGACGUUACCAAGUUCAAAACCGUUGGAGAAUACAAACUUCCCGAUAAAGUUGUAUACAUUUAUGAUGAAGCAGUCAAAAGAAUUGGAAAGGAUGUGUUCUCCAAUUGCUCCCGCUCGUGUGAACCUGGGGAAAGGAAGAAUGCGUACUCCUUACAUACCUGCUGUUAUGACUGUGUGCCUUGUGCUGAGGGAUACCAUUCUGCAGGCUGGGACAUGAACGACUGUUUAAAAUGCCUGGAUGGACAAUGGUCUGAAGCUGGAAGUUCUAAGUGCAAUAACAAGACCAUUGAAUUCUUCAACUGGGAUGAUGGGUUUGCAAUUGUCCUUGUAGUGUUUGCUGCUUUGGGGAUUGUGUUAAUAAUUGUAAUUUUAAUAGUAUUUGCACGGAAUUUGAACACACCGGCGGUAAAGAGUUCUGGAGGCUAUUUCUGUUUUGUCAUUCUCUUCUCGCUGUUCCUUUGUUUCGUAAGCACUGGAUUUUUUAUUGGCAAGCCAUCAGAUUUGCACUGUAAGAUCAGACAACCACUCUUUGGAAUAAGCUUUACUAUUUGCGUCUCUUGGAUCCUGAUCAAAUCCUUCAGGAUCAUCCUGGCAUUUAAUUUUGAUCCCAUCAUUCAUCAUCAGAUGAAAAAAAUGUAUAAGCCCUUAGUAAUCCUAGUAACUUGUACUCUAAUACAAGUCAUUAUUUGUACAGUUUGGUUGUUAGUGAAAGGGCCCUAUUUUACAAUAAAUCAUAAUAUACCUAAAAUCAUCUUGCAAAAAUGUGAUGAAGGCUCCAAUGUGGCGUUUGGUGUUAUGUUGGGUUAUAUAGCCCUUCUUGCAUUUCUUUGCUUUCUGACUGCUUUUAUGGGGAGAAAGCUCCCAGACAUUUAUAACGAGGCUCGGUUCAUCACGUUCAGCAUGCUUAUCUACCUAAUUGUAUGGAUCUCUUUUGUUCCCGUGCACGUCAACACCGACGACAAGUAUCUCCCAGCCGUGGAAGUGGUUGCAAUCUUAGCUUCAAAUUACGGCAUCUUGUGCUGCCACUUCUUCCCCAAGUGCUACUUCAUCUGUUUCAAGAAAGACCAAAACACUCCAGAAAACUAUAGGAAAAACCUGCGGGAGCACAACGAGCAGAAGCGUCAGGGCGGCUCUGCACAAAAUACGGCUGUAACCCAAUCCUUUUGGUCUGCGCCAGAAUCUCCACCGCCUGUGCAUAGCCAGGUCUUUCAGAUUUCUGCAACUAUAGAAAACAAGAUGUGAACCUAUUUCCGACCUUGAGCAUGGGAGGGAGGGCCACCCACUCUUAAUGAAGGUGAGGCUCUGCCUUUAUUAAGGUUUUGAUUUAAACCGUAAGACGUAGGAGCAGAAUUAAGCCGUUUGGCCGAUGGGGUCUGCUUUGUCAUUCCAUCAUGACUGUUUUCUUAUCCCUCUUAAUCCCAUUCUCCUGUCUUCUUCCAGUAGCCCUAAUCAAGAAGCUGUCCACCUCCACUUUAAAUUUACCCAGUGACUUGGCUUUCACAGCCACCUGCGUCAAUGAAUUCCACAGCUUCGUGACCCUCUGGCUAAAGAAGUUCCUCUUCAUCUCUGUUCUAAAGGGACGUCCUUCUAUUCUGAGGCUGUGCCCUCUUGCCUGACACUCCUCCAUGAUAGGAAAAAUCUUCCCUAAAUCCUCUCUAUCUAGGCCUUUCAAUAUUCGACAGAUUUCAACGAGAUCUGCCCUCAUUCUUCCAAACUCCAGAAAGUACAGGCCCACAGCUAUAAAAUGCUCAUCAUACAUUAACACUUUAAUUUAAACCCUGCAGCAACUGUAAAUUAAUGUACUUACUACUCUCUAAAAUGAGUAACAGCAAAUUCAGGGACAUGAGGCUCAAAUCCACUCUUAUGGUCACAUAACAGAGCUCCCCGUGACCUCGUUACUGAAGAUCCCAGUUGGACAAAAUUCAGACAAUGGCCAGUAACUUGAAAUUAUUGAAAUGGCUUUACUUAUCAUCCCCAUUUGAUAAAAUUGCAUGAAGUAUGGACAUUUAAACAAGUUCACUAAAGCCUUGCUGUUAAAUUAUGUAUAUUGUCUCCUUUCAAAAUAGUUUUCAGUGAGACCAUCCAUGAGAACCAUUUCAGAUUGACUCGAUGCUGCAAUUUGAGAAUGAUAGUUGGAAUUCAUACACACAGCUGAUUCUGCAGAUGCUAGAAAUCCAGAGCAGUAGGUCAGCCAACAUUUAUGGAGGGAAAUAUACAGUCGACUUUUUGGGCUGAGCCUCAGAACAUCGAUAGCUUAUUCCUCUCUACAGAUGCUGCCUGACCUGUUGAAUUCCUAUAGCAUUCUGUGUGUGUUGUGAUAGAAGUAACCCUUCUCAAAAUUCACAAGACACAUAAUUACCAGGUCAAAAGGUAGAAAAAUAAUGAAUAGGAAAAUGGUUAUUACUCAGAAUAACAGAAGGUAUACCAAUUCCCAUCUUCAGAAUCCAUCAAAUCAGUUGCUCAAUGUUCUUUUUAAAUAGCGGAAUUGAAACUGUACAGAAUAUCAACAUUUUCACUUGCUCCUGAUGGUCAGGAAGCCCAGAAAUGAACUCUUAAUGUGGUGAUCAGGUAGAAAAAAAUGCCAGAAAUGCAGCUUUCUGUGCAUUAUCAAAUUCCCUUGCCCUAAUUAACAAUAUGUCACAAAAAUUAAAAUACAGCCAAUAAACUUCUUUGCAUUCAUACCAUAACAUUUGCUGUUGUAAUAAAAAUGGGAUGUGAUUGCUAUACCUUCCAUUCCUAUAUUUCAAGUACUUUCUGGGAAUAUAUUGAGAAAGCCUUGGUUGUUGGAAAUUCAGCAGCAGAGUCUGAAGUUUCCUCACAAUCAGUGUACAGAAAAAUAAAACUUGACAAUGGAGGAUUUUCUUACUACUGUACAAUAUGUUCUUUACACAUGUAGCCCGGUUAUGUUAGAGAAUUGCUUAUUAAGUUAGUUCAAUUAAUAUUGCUUUUGUUAAUACUGUUUAGCAUUUCUUCUUUGCAGUUCAAAUAAGUUUCCUGGACGUACCUGAAAAAGGUAGAUUGUUCUAUGCAGAAAGAGUAGAAAGGCUAAGUUGGAGUAUAUGCUGGAGUUUAGAGGAGUGAGGGGUCACUUCAUCUUGAGGGGAAGUGGUGAGGAUGUUUUCUCUUCCAAGAGAAUCUAAAACAGGGGUCACUGAUUAAAAGCAAUGAAACAUCCAUAAAUGACCAAGACAGGGCAAUUUUUUUUCCUCCUAAAGUGUCACGAGCCAUUGGGACUUUAUUCUUCAAAUGAUGAAGGAAGAGUCAACUUUGAAAAACUUUAAUGCAGAGGUUACUUAGAUAUUUUGGAAUGAAAGGUUAAGUUUUCAGAGAAUCAGAAUCAGGUUUAAUAUCACUGGCAUAUGUCGUAAAAUUUGUUGUUUUGCGGCAGCAGUACAUCGCAAUACAUGGUAAUAAAAGCUAUAAAUUAAAUUAAAAUAAAUAUAUAAAGUUAAAUUCCAUAAGUAGUGCAAAAAGACAGCAAAGAAAAGAAAAUAAAUAUGAGGUAGUGUAUAUGGCUUCAUUGUCUAAUGAAGUCUAAUGGCAGAGGAGAAGAAGCAGUUCCUAAAAAGUUGUAAUCUUUAUAGAAUCUUAUAUAUUCUUUAAGAGUUAUGCAAUAAUUGUUACCAAACAUGUAUAGAAGCCAAAUUAGAAUCUUUCCUUUUUUUAAGCUAACACCAAUCCAUGUUAGCAUUUUCAACAAGAGUUCUAGUGCAACUAUGUGCUGGAAUCUCACAUACCAUUAAAUCCAGUGUAACAGCAAAUCCCGCCAGAUCAGAAUACAUUUCCCAUCCUAGUAAAAUGGCUUAGUUUGAGUUUCCACCAAGUGACAGUGAAUGAAAAAGCUCAGUAUGUUGUAGAGCAUGUUUGACAUUGUGGCUACCAAUGUCCCCUUGGCUCCAAUAUGAAUAUGGAAACUCUUUGGUCUGCGCAGUAAUUUAUAUAUAAUUGACUCACUAUGUGAUUGUGAUGAGUUAUAUACAUUUACUUUAGCUUCUUUGUGAGAUGAAUUUCGUCUGGAAUAUCUAGUGCAAUGAGGUUCUCAUGUUGAGAAAAAUAAUGUUGUAUUUAUGAAUUGCAUAUGCUGUAGUGGAAGCGUCUCCCUUUUUUCUUUUUUUCUUUUGUACAUUGUUUCUUUAAAUUCCCUUUGCCCCAGUGUCUGCUGGAACAGUGCAACUUCUGCUUCCAAAGUUCCAUAAUUGCAAUCUCGUGUGAUCGUGUUCUUUGUUCAUGAGUGUCUUGUCGCUCGUUUUCCCCUUUGGUGGAUGUAUCUGGACUCCAGAAUCAGAAUCAGGUUUCAUAUCACUGGCAUAUGUCAUUAAGAUUUAUUGUUUUGCUGCAGCUGUACAUUGCAGUACCUAUCAAUAAAAAUACUAUGAAUUACUGUUAAGAAAUAUAUAUACUGUAUACAUUAAAUAAAUUCAUUAGUGCAAAAGGAGAGCAAAAAUCUAGUGAUGUCAUCUGUUUGUACAUGGGUUCAUUUUCCAUUCAUAAAUCCAUACAAUAUUUCCGAUAAAGAUAAAUCAGUCUAUUGAAUAACGUUAAUUAUUGGCCAAAUAUUCUGAAAUCUUGUCACGAUGAUGUGUUUUCCAUGUGUUCUUGCAAUCGGUCUCUAUUUAAUAUCGUACCUUUACAGGAUCAGGGCAAUGGGAAACAAUAUUUAUCUGCUUCUUUCCUCUUAAAAAUGUGACUAGUUCUAAAAGGUAACUAGAGGAUUAGUCAUUGUAACAAAUAUGUCUGUAAAACCACAAGGCAUAGGAGCAGAAUUAAGCCAUUCAGC